AGAUACAACGCCGCGGCGCAAAUUGGUCCUCCGAUCGGCUAAUUAAACUACAAGCAAUCCAUGGACCGUCGUCGUCGUCCCCGUCAGCACUCCCUCGAGCUCGCAGCGCGCCCCGCAGCCGCCGGCCCGAGCCACGACGGCGGCACCAUGAGCUCCGAGCUGUACCUCGCCGUGUGCGGGGGUAGGAUGGAGGAAGCCAUGGCGCUGCUUCUGCGCCACCACGGUGAAUGUGAUUACCAAUCUGCUGCCUCAGGAUCAGGCAUAGACCAGCUGGUAAGCGCGGGGAGGAACACCGUCCUGCACUUAGCCGCGGUGCGAGGCCACGACGAGCUGAUCCAGGAGCUCUACGCAACAUACGGCGGCAGAAGCAACUUGCUGUCGUCCCAGAACUGGACGCUGGACACGCCGCUGCACUGCGCGGCGAGGGCGGGGCAGAGUAACACCGUGUCCCUCCUCGUCCAGCUCGCGCGAGACCAGGAUCAGGCUAGAAGCAUCCUGGGGAGCAGGAACGAGGCCGGGGACACAGCACUGCACCUGGCGGCGAGGCUCGGCCAUGGCGCCGCCGUGGAGGCCAUGGUCGCCGCCGCGCCGGACCUGGCCUCUGAGGCUAACGUGAACGCCGCCGGCGCCUCGCCGCUCUUCUUGGCGGUCAUGGGCGGGUCCGUGCCUGCCGUCAGAGCGAUCGCGGCCUUGUGUGGCUGUGGCGAUGCCUUGGACGCCGGCGCUGGCCUGAGGUCCCGGAAUGCUCUGCACGCCCCGGCCGUCUUCCACGGCUCGGGUCACCACGGGGAACAAUGGAGCGGCCUCGACAUAGGCGUAGCAAAACGGGCAGAGAAAACGUCGGGCAGCCUCGCGGUGAACUGAUAGCCGUCCUUGUUGCCACCACCAUGUCCUAAUCACUGCUCAGUCCGUUCCUAAAUACUUUUUUUUUCGAAAAAUUGAUGCACACAGUCAAGUUCCUAAAUACUUGUUGUUGUUGUUCUAGAAAACAAUAGGAGUAAGGGGUGCCAAUGCUCGAUGGCACAAGUGCGAGAAUUAUAUGUACGGUGCGUACG